UCCACUGGUUCUGCAAUAAUGGAUAUGAUGAAGUCAUUAAUCCUCAUGAUGGUGAUCACUGUCGCCUGGGCACAAUACUACGUAAUGAACGACGGAACACCCAUUGUUUUUGGUGUGGGACGCGAUGGUGACCCAAACCUGGCUAAGUCACAGGCUGAGUUGGUAAUGUCCCCAAGCUCUUCUCGACGUUCUUCAGGUCAAACUUCGCAGGGCCAGCAGUCCGGUCAAGUCUUCUCCUCGGAUCAGAUUUCGCAGGGCAGUCAGCCAGGGAAAGUUUUCUCCACAAGCCAGGUUUCGGAACGCCAACAAUCGCGACUAGUCUUCUCCUCGGGCCAGGUUACACAGGACCAGCAGCCAGGAAGACUCUUCCAUUCAAGUCAAUCUUCCUCAUUCUUUACCCAGCAGACCGUCUUGCCACAAAACCGGUAUUGUGAUCAUGCUCGCAGACCUGUAGUGGACGAGGUGUUCCAGGGUAGAGCAUAUCACUUCUCCUGGUGCCAUGAUGGCGGCCGCUCCUACACAUGGAACGAUGCCAGCUAUCAUUGUCAGAGGCUGGGUAACGGUUUCCAGGCCAUCAGUAUAGAGCACCCGAACGAAGAUUCUUUCGUGGCUGGAGUCAUGAGAACUUACCAGAUCGGGGACAUAUGGACAAGCGGCAGCGCACACGGCUAUAACCAGUGGUCCUGGCAGAGUGGUGUGUCUACGGGCUACACAAACUGGUCUAACACCGGCAGGCUUGGUAGAAGUCAACCCGAUAACGCAGACGGCAACGAGCAGUGCCUGGCGGUGGUUAACGAUUUUGGCGUCGGGUGGCAUGACUCCCUCUGCAAUACUCUCCGACCUGUAAUCUGUGAGACACUAGAGUACUACAGGCAGUAAUUCUGUUCACUUGAAUAUGUAUUUUGUUAAUGACUGGGAAGAAUGUUAUGGACUUUGUGUCAAUAAAGUUUUC